UCGUGCCAUUGUAUAUUUUGAGACAUUUUUCAUUAGGCCUGCAUCCAUAGUUAGUUACACUCAUUGCAACACUAACAACUUUGUUGAGAUGAUGGCAAAAGUUAAAGUCCUGAUAGAGCUCAAACCUGCAUCACCAGUAUCAGCAUCAAGCCAGCUUUGUCUGUAGGCAGGAAUUUUUAUCCUGUAUCCUUUAUUUCUUAAGAGUGUAUUAAUAAUUUUUCCGACAUUUAUGAAUGCAGCAGAACGCGCCCGCGCCCGUUUCGCGUGAGUUUGUUCUACAUUUGUCUGGGGAGGGGAACUGGAAGGUUCGUACUGUAUGCAGUUGUUCAGCUGGGUAGUCAAUAAGUUGCUUUUUGACGACCUGUCAGAAUAUGUCUUCUAGGAAAACUCUAACAAGGGCCUCAAGCAGCUUCCGGAUGAAGUCCUUUAAGCAUCUCGUGAUACUCUCCUCACUGUGUAGUUUGAUAUCUGGAUACUCUGAGAGAGACAGAGUUCGUGACUUGAUGCACAGAUAUCCUCUUAUUGAUGGUCAUAAUGACCUAGCUCUCCAGCUCAGGAGACUUCACAACAAUCGGCUGAGCGAAAUUGACCUUCAUAAUGUCACCAAAGUGGCCACGGACAUCACCAGACUCCAAGCUGGCCACGUACAGGCCCAGAUGUUUGCAGUCUAUGUGAUGUGUGGGGCCCAGGACAAGGAUGCUGUGAGGCUGACUCUGGAACAAAUAGAUGUAGUCAGACGCAUGUGCACUGAGUACCAGGACUUUGAACUGGUCACAUCUGCCCAGGAACUAAGGAAUUCAGAAAUGAGACAGAAGAUAGCCUGUCUUAUAAGCAUUGAGGGGGGGCACUCUAUUGACAGCAGCUUGCCAGCCCUGCGGAUGUUUUACCAGCUUGGGGUCCGCUCCAUGGCCCUCACACAUACCUGCAACACGCCCUGGGCUGAAUCUUCCUCAAAACUUUAUAAUGUCUACCAAAGACAGAACAACAGCCUGACGCACUUUGGGAAGGCCGUGGUGGAGGAGAUGAACAGACUGGGAAUGAUAGUGGACCUCUCCCACACUUCUAAGGACACAGCCUAUGCAGUGCUGAAGCAUUCCAAGGCUCCUGUUAUUUUUAGCCAUUCAUCUUCCUACUCCAUCUGUAACCACAACCGUAAUGUGCCUGAUUGGCUGCUGCACGAGCUGAAAAAGAACCGGGGGUUGAUAAUGGUGAAUCUCCACAAUGAUUUCAUUUCCUGCAGGGAUGAAGCCAACAUCUCAAAUGUGGCUGACCAUUUUGAUCACAUUAAGAAGGUGAUUGGAGCUGAGUCAAUAGGAAUUGGAGGGGACUUUGAAGGUGCCAAGAGAUUUCCUCAGGGGUUAGAGGAUGUGUCUAAGUACCCCGCCCUAAUCCAGGAACUCCUGCAAAGGAGGUGGACUGAGAAUGAGUUGGCUGAUGUCCUUCGCAGAAACUUUCUGCGAGUGUUUGAGGAGGUGGAGAAGGUCCGCAAUGAGUUGAGUUUGAACCGGCCCAGUGAGGUCCAGAUCCCCAUAGAAGAGGUGCAGAACGCCUGCAGGCUGGUCCUCAGACCUCCUAACCUCAGAGAGCUGCCCUCUUACCAGAGACCCUCUUCCAGAGCCCAUCAUGGACCAAAAGGUCUGCUAAUCCUGGCCAUAGUUCUGCUGCUUUCCAGCCUGUCUAUGAUUGAAUGAAUAUUGUGCUGCAGCUUCCUGUUUAUCUAGUGCAAACUUUAAUAAAUAAAAAGACCUUAAUUCAAUUGCUGUAGUUUUAAUUACACUCCAUAAGUCAGUAAAGAUAAGGGAAGAUUAUCUACUGCUUUACCACCAAUGCAAAAAAAGCAUUCAAUGUGUAUCCACUUUCGGGAGAAAUAUGGGUUUUAAAUUUUUGUUUGCUAAGGUUUGUUUCAUGUAUUUUUGACCAGUGCGCAGGAGCUCAGCUCACUUAAGUGGGGUUAGCCAACAGUAAUAUGUUGCAUAAUCAUCAAAUUAAUAUC